AUGUCAUUUCUCUGCGCCGGAAGACCGUCCUUUAACGCUCUCCUCCCUCGUUCCCUGCCCCCUCCCCAGCACUGUAAGGCCAGAAGUCCCGGGAUAUGAGCCGGAAGAGGCAUCGCCUGGUCUCGGAGACCUUUGGGCUGAAGAGGCGGCGGGAGCGUGAGGAUGGAGAAGUGGAUCCUCUGAGGGGCGAGUCUGGGUCGGCGCGAGCGGCUGUCGCGGAGCUAGUGCGGCUGUUUCCACGAGGCCUGUUCGAGGAUGCGCUCCCGCCCAUCGCGCUGAGGAGCCAGGUGUACAGCCUCCUGCCUGACCGCACGGUGGCCGACAGGCAGCUGAAGGAGCUUCAAGAGCAGGGGGAGAUCAGAGUCGUCCAGCUGGGCUUCGACUUGGAUGCCCAUGGGAUUAUCUUCACCGAGGACUACAGGACCAAAGUCCUUAAGGCCUGUGAUGGCCGACCAUUUGCUGGAGCCGUGCAGAAGUUUCUGGCUUCGGUGCUUCCAGCCUGUGGGGACCUUAGCUUCCAGCAGGACCAGAUGACAAAGACCUUUGGCUUCAAGGACCCAGAGAUCACGCAGCUGGUGAAUGCUGGAGUCCUCACUGUCCGCGAUGCUGGGAGCUGGUGGCUAGCUGUGCCUGGAGCUGGGAAAUUCAUCAAGUAUUUUGUUAAAGGGCGCCAGGCUGUCCUUGGCAUGGUCCGGAAGGCCAAGUACCGGGAGCUACUCCUGUCAGAGCUCCUGGGCCGGCGGGCGCCUGCCGCCGUGCGGCUUGGCCUCUCCUAUCAUGUGCACGAUCUCAUUGGGGCCCAGUUGGUGGACUGUAUCUCUACCACUUCUGGAACCCUCCUCCGCCUGCCAGAGACCUGAGGAUUCUGCUCGUCAUUGCACAUCUCCUCAGAGUGGGGAAGAGGGACCCAGGAGGGCAGCCUAUGGUGGCUGAGACAGGGUCAUGUAGGGAAGGCUCGGAAGCCAGAUGGGUGUUAGGCUUACGUCUGUGCAAAGGGUCAGACGUGACUGCUGCUGUUUACAUGGGCUCUGACCCAGAGAUGGGGUUUGGACAGUGCCUCUCUGCCCUUCUGUGGAAGUGAAGUGCUAAUGUUACUACUCUUUCUUGAGUUAGGAAGGUGGGAUUUCUGGGGUGGCUGGUGAAGGAGGGCAGGAUUCUCUCCCCUCAUGUUGGUGUUGAAACUGCCAAAUAAAGUAUUUCUGCCUAUGAGGUUUUCUGGUUGUCCUUUAUUUAGUGUAAUAUGUGUGUUUGGGGGCCUUU